AAAUUUUUAAAUUAUUUUUGGAAAGUAUUAAAUUCAGUGCGAAAUAUUUUUGUGGCUAGCUAAUUAUUUUGUUGUUAAUGUGUCUUCAUGGAUUUGGAUAAUUACGCAGUGGAUUUAUUUUAGGAUAGUCGAAACGGAUCCCGAGUGGGCGUCCACUCUGUUACGCUUACCGCCGCCAUGUACGCAUCUGACGGCCUUGAAGAAUCAGAGGAAUCGCACGGUUUGUUGACGCUCCACUAUGGGAAGCACCACGCGACGAUAGUUGAGGAGAUUCGUACAUGUUUCGAUUCAGAAAAUUUUGCAGAUAUGGCAUUUGUGUGUGAUGAUCGUACAGUAUUGGCUGCACAUCGUUUAAUUAUGGCUAGUGCAUCACCACUCAUUUGUAAAGUGUUAAGUGAGUCAGCGUACGCAGAUGGACACGGUUUGGCUACAAUUCUAAUACCGGGUGUUAAAGCGGCACAUAUGCGACAUGUUUUAGACUUUUUAUACCAUGGACAAGUCACUAUACAAUCAAAUGAGAUCGACAACAUUCAAGAAUUAUUUGAUUUACUCCAAAUCAAAUCACAUUUACGAAAUUCCGCUGCACCACACAUAACAAAUGAAAAAGAUUGUGGUGGGGGUAACAGCAGUAGUACCAGUUCCAAUUCCAACAACAAUACAACCACCAAAACUGACACAAUAAAUACAACAAAUUCAAAUACAACACCAACAAAUCAACAAUCAGCAUCAGCAACACAACAAUCAGGAACGGUGUCGUCACAAACCAGUAGUAGUAAUUUAUCAACAAGUAACAAAGAAACAACUGACAAUCGAACUACUACAUCGAAUAAUAAUAAUAAUAACAAUAAUAAUAAAAGACAAUCGUUAUCAUUGGACGUAAAUACGGUUAUUGUGAAAAAGGAAGAUUUACAAAAUGAAGAUGAUCAGGAUGAUGAGAAAGAAGAAGGUGAAAUUAUUGAAGAGGACGAAGAAGUACUCGACGAUGAGGAAUAUAAUAAUGAAUGUGGACGGGUCACAACACGACGACGCAGCUCUUCAAAUCCGGUAAAUUUAUCCAUAAACAAUGCAAAUAAUUCAUCAUCCGAUCAUUCAUCGAACAAAGACACAAGUGAAAAUGAUGAAAAUAUUAAUUCGGAAAAACGUAAACGAUCUUUAACAUCAGACGAUAUGAUAGAAACAUUUAAAGCACGACAUUCACCAGCUAAAAUACCGCAACGAGUUACUGACAACACAUAUCAAAGAGUUCGACGAAAAUCUACAUACAUAGAACCAUUAGAUCUAGAAGCACGAACUUUACGACAUCCAGAAGAUUAUUCACCACUAAAACCACCAAUGAAUAGCGAACAAGAUUUAAUUUCAAUGGUUCAUACACCAGAAAAUUAUGUGGUAACGCCUCAUAGAAAACGUCGACCUGGUUUUCAUAAUUCUCCUGCACAAAAUCCCCCAUUUGUACCAUUUUCCACGUCGUAUAUUGAUGAAUUAGCACAACAUCACCAAAGGUAUCGAAAAAGUAUACGAAGUCCUGGUUUAAGGCAUUCUAUGUUAUCCGUACAUCAUCCUUUAAGUGUAUCCGCUCCACCGUACCUAGCAGACAGGUCUCAUACACCUCCUUUAGGGCAUAGAUUAGAUACGCAAAUACCUCCUGAGGAAAUAGUUGUAAAAUUUCGACCACCAAGUGCUGAUCCAACAUUAGCAUCCCCAAGUCCAACUCCAUCACCUUUACCAUACCAACAUUUCCCCGAACAUACGUGGGGUGCUUGGUCGUUGUGCCAACCACAAGUUAUGCCUCCAGGAGGUGGAGAUGAUCGAGAAUCAGUUUCCGCCGCCACUGUUGCAGCUCUUGCAUUUGCAGGAAGUGUUUCAGGAGAUGGAAGGACAACUUCCGAUAUUGCAUCGCAUUCUUCGCUAGGUACCGGUGGAACUACAGCGGUAUCAUCAGCGAACAGUACAAAUUUGACAAAAUCUAGUGGACCAGGUAGUGGGAAUGUGAGUGGAACAACGGGACAAUCGUCAGGAGCUGUACGUGAGUACCGUUGCGAAUAUUGUGGGAAACAAUUUGGUAUGUCUUGGAACUUAAAAACACAUUUACGUGUUCAUACCGGUGAGAAACCAUUUGCGUGUCGUUUAUGUGUCGCUAUGUUUAAACAAAAAGCUCAUCUUCUCAAACAUUUGUGUUCGGUGCAUCGUAACGUUAUAUCACCAGGUGAUUCAACCGGUAACGGUAAGUUUAAUUGUUGUUUUUGUACACUUACAUUUGAAUCAUUGCCAGAAUUGAUAAGACAUUUGUCUGGCCCACAUAAUAAUUUACUGCUUAGUAAAAAUUUACAUGAAAAUAAAUGAACAUCAUGUGUUCAAAUUAAAUUGCAAGUGACAUCUGUGGUGUGUAAUCGAAAGUGUUCGAACUACAAUUUCAGUGUAAAAUAUGUUUUUUUUUUUUUCAUUUUGGAUGUGAUACUAUUGAAUAGCAGACCGUAAGUUUAUGAAAUGGUGUAAACGAAAAUUUUUAUUAUUUGUAAUAUGGAGUUUGGAGCACAAACGUAUGAUGAAAGUAUAAUAGGGUCGUGCUAACAAGGCAUCCCGUUUAUUCCGGAACCUUUUACAAUCCGGCAUAAACAUUGAAAAUCUCAAAAUUAAUAUGAAAAAUUCCUCGAUUUCAAAUAUCAUUAGAUUGUCACAGAUUUUGAAAGUAAUCUGGAAAAUUCGAUAAUGUGGAACACACUCUGCUUGAUUAGCACGAUCCUAUUUUACAGGAAUUUUGUGUUAUUCAUUUAAGUUGCGAAUU